CCUUGUCAAUGAUCUAGCGCCCCCUCAGCUCCUGCUUCAAAAUUCUCUGGCGCCGCCCCUGUGGGGUGCGGUGAAGUGUUUGUGUGGAGAAACCAACAUCUAUAAACUUCACUCUCUGCUUCACACUAGGUACUAGUCUGACAGUUGUGUAUCAUCAUGGCUAAACGUGUUGCUGUGAUUGGUGGAGGAACCUCUGGGCUGACCUGCAUCAAAUGCUGCCUGGAUGAAGGCCUGGAGCCAGUGUGUUUUGAGACCAGUGAUGACAUUGGGGGUCUUUGGAGGUUUAAGGAAAAUCCUGAUCCUGAUCGUGCUAGCAUUUAUCACUCUUUGAUUAUCAACACUUCAAAGGAGAUGAUGUGUUUCAGUGAUUUCCCCAUCCCUGCCCACUUCCCAAACUACAUGCACAACUCCCUCAUCAUGGAUUACUUCCGAAUGUACGCUGAGCACUUCCAGCUCAAACGGCACAUCCGUUUCCAGACAAAAGUCCUUCAUGUUACACCAAGGCCAGACUUCUCUCACUCUGGACAGUGGGAUGUAGAGAUAGAGUCCAAGGAUGGUCAGAGAGAGAAGCAGGUGUUUGAUGCUGUGAUGGUCUGCACCGGUCACCACUCUCACCCUCACCUCCCUCUAAAGGACUUUCCAGGAAUCGACACAUUUAAGGGGAAAUACUUCCACAGCCGUGACUACAAAACCCCUGAAGAAUGGCGAGGGAAGAGGGUAGUUGUGAUUGGCAUUGGGAACUCUGGAGGAGAUAUUUCUGUAGAGCUCAGCAGAAUGGCCAAACAGGUUUAUCUGAGUACCCGAAAGGGAUCUUGGAUACUAAAUCGUGUUGGAGACAAUGGUGUUCCAUCAGAUAUGAUGUUUAAUAACAGAAUACGUGGUUGGAUUAUUCAAAUGUUGCCUGUUGGAUUUAUCAACAAUGUGGGAGAGAAACAACUUAAUAAACGGUUUGACCACAAGCUCUAUGGGCUCCAGCCUGCGCACAGAGUUUUAAGCCAACAUCCCAUGGUCAAUGAUGAUCUACCAAACCGGAUCCUCUCCGGUACCGUCUCGGUCAAGCCGAAUGUACAAGAGUUUCGUGGAUCAAGUGUGGUUUUUGAGGAUGGCACAGUUGAGGAUGAUAUUGAUCUGGUGGUUUUUGCCACAGGCUACACUUUCUCAUUCCCCUUCCUGUCUUCACAUGUAAUUCCUGUCUCAAAGAACAAGGUAUCCCUGUACAAAUACAUGUAUCCCCCAGCACUAGAGCGCCCAACUUUAGCCGUGAUUGGUCUGAUCCAGCCUCUGGGAGCCAUUAUGCCCAUCUCUGAGAUGCAAGCGCGCUGGGCCACACGUGUUUUUAAAGGUAUCAAACAAGACCUCCUGACCUCCUACAAAUAUUGGAUGUUCUUACUCAAUCCUGUGCGUUAUUCAUUCAUUAAAUCAACUGUAUGUAACUUUUUAACCAUGAAAUAUCAGUUUCAAAAUCAUUCUGAUGGUUCACUCACUGACUUCUCAUAAGCCGAAUGGCUUCUGUUUUCUUUCCCAUGCUCCCCCACCUCACCCCGCCCUGCCCCACCCCAAAUAGUAUAUUCUGGGAGUAUGUAAGUUUGGUGAGCAGUCACAAGUUUCCAUGAAAAGGGCGGAUUCCUUUACAGCAGUACAAUAAGUCACAGUACACAAUAAGUCACACCAACAUAGCUUUAGCGAAGGGGUAUUAUCAGUAUGGUUAUCGUGGCAGAGACUAUUAAUGCAAUUCAUACUGCACUGACAUACACUGACCAGCGACAAUAGACAUCGUCUGGUUUUGUCGGAUCAGUGUUACCAAUGACAGCAUCUAUUGGCAUCGGUCCCGCGUGUUUUUGCCGAUUGAACAUGUUCAAUUCGUGUUUGUUGGGUUGUGGAAUGUCUGAGAAGAAACAUCUGGCGAUUGUCCAUGUUGGUCAGCAGCCUUUAGAGACCAAAGAGAAAGUUGACAGAGGAAUCUAAACAGAGAACAAGAGAAAGUGAAAGUGUGCAAGUGGCCGGACAAGAGUAAAUCUUUGGCUUUUCCUUGUGACGAGAACUGAUAAGUAAAUCUUGCAGCAUGCAAGACAUACGUCGAGCUGAUUUUCCUGAUGCUGGGCUAAUAUUAGCUGAACUGCUAUCUGUGUUAUAAAAGCUAUAUACCGUUAGUUACCGUUUGUAAGCCCAAUUUCCAAUUAAAUUUUGAUUUAGGUUGAGAUUGUCUCUAGCUCAGGUUCGAUUCAAUUUCAGUCCUCACAGAAAAUGUUCCAUAAUAAAUCAAAAAUAUACUUAAUAACUGAAAAA